AUGGCACCGAUCAAGGACAUUGAAUACUUUCGCGUCCCUCCACGCUGGAUAUUCGUCAAGAUCACCGAUUCGGAUGGAAAGACAGGCUGGGGUGAAGCGUCCUUGGAGGGUAAUUCAGAAGCCGUGGAGGGCUGUUUGGAUGGAUUCAGGGAACGAUUCGUGGGGAUGGAAGCCAAUGAGAUCGAAAAUAUAUGGCAACAUGCAUAUCGGGGAAGUUUCUAUCGAGGUGGGCCGGUCAUUAUGAGCGCUCUGGCGGGCAUUGAUAUUGCGUUAUGGGACUUAAAGGCACGCAGGUUGAAUGUGCCCAUAUAUGAGCUUCUAGGGGGGAAAGUCCGCUCGAAAAUCAAGGUCUACACCUGGGUCCGAGGCGAGAAUGCUGCUGCUUGCGCUAAACAUGCGCAUGUCCUGCUCCGAAAGGAGCAAGGAUUCAAGGCAGUCAAAAUGACGGCCACCGAAGAUCUCGGCUGGGUGGAUUCUCCCGCGGCUUUGAACGAUGCAGUUGAGCGAUUAAAAGCGGUCAAGGCGACGGGUGUCGACUGUGGACUGGAUUUCCACGGCCGCGUCCACAAACCUAUGGUGAAGCUGUUGGCGCGCAAGCUGGAGCCUCACGAACCCCUGUUCAUCGAAGAGCCGCUGUUGUCGGAUCACCCCGAAGGAUUUCGGUCUUUGGACACCACGAUCCCCGUCGCGCUAGGUGAACGACUACAUAGCCGCUGGGCGUUCAAGCCGUUCUUGGAGCUGGGCAAAGUGGACAUCUUACAGCCGGACAUCAGCCACGCUGGGGGAAUCUCGGAGCUUCGUCGCAUCGCCACCAUGGCCGAGGCCUACGACGUCUCUCUGGCGCCGCACUGCCCGCUCGGACCGAUCGCCCUGGCGGCAAAUUUCCAAGUCAAUGCCGUGAGUGCCAACUUUUUCAUUCAAGAGAUGAUUCUCGAUCCGAACCAGACCCUGUCGGUGGGACAGGGCGACUUGAAGGGCUACACCAAGAACGCGGAGGUGUGGACGGUGAACGACGGCAUGAUUGACAUGAUGGACGGGCCAGGACUGGGUAUCGAGGUAGAUGAGGAGCGUGUAAGGCAGUCCGCGGUCGGUACCAAAUCAUGGAGAUUCCCCACAUUCAAAGGGCCUGGCGGGGAGCUGCGCGAAUGGUAA